AUGUCUCACACACAGACUCGGUGGCCGCUCGCCUACGGCCUGCGGGCGGCCCUCCCCACAGGAGCGCUGGAUGGAUGGAUGGAAGAGAUUGGGGGUGUCGGCCCGCAAGUGCUCAACAAAACCAACACUUUAGCUGGCACGCCAGAAUACCUGGCGCCUGAAGUGAUCGACUAUCCGCACGACCACGACAUGGCCGUGGACUGGUGGGCACUGGGCGUAAUGGUGUAUGAGCUACUUGCGGGCCAGACGCCCUUCCACGACGAGGGCAUUGCAGAUCCCAUGGCGCGGCUUCUGGCAAUCCGUCGGAGCCAGGAGGAGGCUAUGCAGGAUGGCAUCUGUUUCCCCUUCCACUUCCCCAGCAAAUCCAAAGGUUUCGUCCAGGAUCUGCUGCGCCGCUGUCCGGACAGACUUGGAUGCAGCGGCGGAGCACGGGCAGUGCAAAGUCAUGACAUGUUCAGGUUGCAAAAGUUCAACUUUCAAUCGCUUCGCGCACGCACAUUGCCGAGCCCUUUCCGUCCGGAGGUUGACAUCCCUCAGGUUGGCGUCGACGUCGAGCCCGACUGCUGUUUCACCCUUGAGCUCCUUGUACAAGCAAUCGCUCUCAUUGAAAGAUGUUGA